AUGCGCGCGGGCGGCUUGCGGGGCAGCACGGCCUGCAGGCAGUGCACGCACAGCCGCACCUUGGGCGGGCUCGACGUGCGGAAGUGCUCGGCCAGGCCCAGCAGCGCCAGGUACCACGACUCGCCGCCCGCCGCGCCGCCGCCGCCGCCCGAGCUGGAGCCCGGGCCGGGCCCAGCGCCGCCGCCGCCGCCUCCUCCGCCGCUAUCGCCCCUCCCGCCGCCUCCCGCCUCCCCGGAGCCCGCCGCGCCGCCCGCCGCCUGCUGCGGUGGAGCCAAGCGGGGGAGGACAGCUCGGGACUACAASUCCCAGCCGCCCUUGCGGCGCGGCGCUUCCGCCCCGCCCCCGCCGCGCCGCGGGGCACUGUGGGAGGGGAGCUCCAAAAUGGACAACCCCAGGGAUGCUCCAGGCAAGACCAGCCGCUGGUUCGGGGUGGCGCAGCCCAAGUCGGCCAAGAGCAGCGCGAACAUCCUGCAGCAGGAGGAGCUGAUCGCGCAGAAGAAGCGGGAGAUCGAGGCGCGGCUGGAGCAGCAGGCGAGGCARAGCUACCUGGGCCUCCCGCAGCUGCCCCUGCUCGGAGAAGAUGAAGGUUCUGAAAACGAAGCCUCUGUUUCCAACAAGUUUGUUAAUGAUGGCAGUUUCCUCCAGCAGUUUCUCAAGCUGCAGAAGGAAAAGUCAAGUGCUGAACCUCCCCCAAGUUCUGCUAAUAACCCGGCAAACGCUUCCGCAUCAAAUGUUGGGAAGAAACCUAUGGUGUUUGGGAAGCGCCCUGGGCAGGUCCUCAACAGCAUGCUGCACCAGGUGAAGAACUACUCCCAUUCCAAACAGCCCCCGGUCGUUAACCGCCUCAGUGUAUUUCAGUCGCCCGAUGAAGAGGAGGAGGAGGAUUAUGAGCAGUGGUUGGAAAUUAAAGUUUUACCCCCAGAGGAUGCGGAGACCCGACAAGUGGUGGAAAAGCUGGCUAGGUUCGUGGCUGAAGGGGGACCAGAAUUAGAGAAGGUCGCUAUGGAAGAUUACAAGGAUAACCCAGCUUUUUCGUUCUUACAUGAUAAGAACAGCAGAGAAUUCCUUUACUACAGAAAGAAAGUGGCAGAGAUAAGAAAAGAGAAUCAAAGUUCUCAGGCAUCCUCUUCGGAGAAAGUUUCACCCCCAGAGGAUGAAGAGACAAAGAACUUUGCUGAGAAACUGGCCAGGUUCAUAGCAGCCGGGGGCCCUGAGGUGGAAGCUAUUGCCUUGCAGAACAACCGAGAGAACCAUGCUUUCAGGUUUUUAUAUGAGCCAAACAGCAAAGGCUACAAGUAUUACCGCCAGAAACUGGAGGAAUUCCGUAAGGCCAAAGCCAGCUCUGCGUGUGCCCCCGCCUUGCACACAGAACCCAGUCUCAAAAGGAAGAACAUUCCGGAGGCGACGCCGUCUCCGUCGUGCUUAUCCUCCUUGCCCCCGUCCUUGCCCUCCCCUUUGCCCUCACCAUCGCCGUCUUCGUCCAACGAGACAGCUACAACAGCCCCUACUACAACAGAAGCAACGACGACAACAACAACAGCURCAGCCACUGCUGCUGCAACAGCUACUGCUGCCGGCGCUACCAAAAAGAAGCGGAAGAGCAGGUGGGGGCCUGAGGAAGACAAGGUKGACUUGCCUCUCCCACAGCUCGUCCAGCAGCUGGAUGGUUCUCCUUCCCCACUUUCAGUUCAGGACCUCAAGGGUCUCGGUUAUGAAAAAGGGAAACCGGUUGGUUUAGUGGGUGUGACGGAGCUCUCUGAGGCCCAGAAGAAGCAGCUGAAGGAGCAGCAGGAGAUGCAGCAGAUGUACGAUAUGAUCAUGAAACACAAGCGAGCUAUGCAGGAGAUGCAGAUGAUGUGGGAGAAGGCGAUUCAGCAGCACCAGCACGGCUAUGACAGCGACGAAGAGGUGGACAACGAGCUGGGCACGUGGGAGCAUCAGCUGCGACGCAUGGAGAUGGACAAGACACGAGAGUGGGCCGAGCAGCUGACCCAGAUGGGCAGAGGGAAGCAUUUCAUCGGAGACUUUCUUCCCCCUGAUGAGCUGGAGAAAUUCAUGGAGACGUUCAAGGCACUGAAGGAAGGCCGUGAGCCAGAUUAUUCCGAAUAUAAAGAAUUCAAACUGACCGUGGAAAACAUAGGUUAUCAAAUGCUGAUGAAGAUGGGCUGGAAGGAAGGCGAGGGACUUGGCUCGGAUGGACAGGGGAUUAAAAAUCCAGUCAGCAAGGGAACCACCGCCGUGGAUGGAGCUGGUUUUGGCAUCGAUCGGCCGGCCGAGCUCACCAAGGAGGACGAUGAGUACGAGGCAUUCCGGAAGAGAAUGAUGCUGGCCUACCGCUUCCGACCAAAUCCCUUGAACAAUCCACGACGACCUUACUACUGAUGGAGCUUUUGGGGCAGCCUCUUUCCAAAACCGUUGUAACUUUACUGUGAAAUGUUAUGAAAUUGCGUUGUUAUUCCCUUAUUUACUAAUAUUGUAAAGCUUACUGAAGUCCCAGUACCAUCUCUCACGUGGAGGAGAGGCCUCGAGCCCACUCGCAGCGCACUCGAGUGUCAUGACAACGGUGCUGGAACAAGGUGUUGAGCAGAGAGCAGGUGAUGGGGGGUUUAUUCGGUGCCCUGCUGAGCAGAAGGGUCGCACCAAAGAURCAACAGGGAUAGUUCAGGGACUCCCUUUGUUUCUAGCUCAGUGCCACGUUGUUUAUCAAGGAAUGCGUGUUUUUUUUUCUGCGCAGAAUCCAUCUGUUGAGGCACACAGCUCGAGCUGCCCCCUCUUCGUCUUUUAUUGCAAAUACAACAAGGGCCUGGCCCCGGCCUGACUUUGGGGGCUCCUGCUGAGGGUUUCUUCCUUGAAGAGCUGGGUGCUGAUGCUGACGUGAAGUCUCUAGUGUGGCCUGCAGCUGCCAUGGCAAAACCAGUGCCUCGUUGUAUUUACCUCUGCCGUGCGUGGAGCGAGGCGCCCAGGGGAGGCUCCUUCAGCUUCGGGGGCAGCAGCCUCCUCCAUUUCCUCCAUCCUUGAACACUAAGUCCACCCACAGCUUCCUAGCRAAGUGAGAGACUUGCUAGCACUUCCCAGGGAUGUGGGUGAGGAAGAACCAAGCCUUCGGMCACAGUUUAUCUAAGGCAAUUUGGACUCUGUUGUCAUAUGAAACACCUCAGCAACUAUACAUUUUCUUCAUCCACUCUGUAAAUAAAAUAAAAAUYAUCUGUUCCUUUUUUUUUUUUUUUCCUGAAUCGUUGGAAAAAGUGAUCUUGCCAUAGGAUUUCAUAGGCCGGGAUCUGUGCUCCAGUUUUCUUUCCU